UGAAGUGGGUGUGUCUCACAAGUUUUGGGAAGGGGUCCAGGAUUUCUUUCAUAACACUCAGUUGGUAUAAAUAGUUUCUCUGCAAGCAUUUCCCUCAGGCCAGUGGAUGCAUCUGAACUGAGCUGAUCUAAAAGACACACAUUCAGCACAAUGGUUUAUUUUGUAGGGUUGGUUGGCUUGCUUCUCAUCUUGACUGCUGAAGCCAGAGUUGGGAUCUCCUCUGAGUCUAGCUUCUGCACCGAGUCAAGGGAAUGUCUGCUGUAUGAUCUGGUGUGCAAGAAUGACGAUUAUGAGGUGCGCCACUAUGACUCUGUGAAAUGGGUGUCGACAGACGAGGAAAGCUACUUCAUGGACAAGGCCAUGUACACUGCCUUCCAGAGACUCUUCAAAUACAUCACCGGCUCCAACGAGGCUGGUGUCAACAUUGACAUGACAACUCCGGUGACUGUCAAAAUUGAGGAGAAGAAGAGGUUGUGGCAGUCGUCUGUCUUCACCCUCAACUUCCUCCUGCCGUCUGACUAUCAGUUUAUUCCUCCCCAACCCACUGAUGGCAGUGUAUAUUUUACAGAGACGCCAGACAUGAAAGUGUACGUGAGGAGCUACGGUGGAUGGAUGAUGUCUUUGACAUCCAAUGUAAACUCUAUGCUGCUGAAAAGGCAGCUAGACAACGUCCAGGCCACCUACAACAAAGACUACCACUAUGCUGUGGGAUAUGACAGCCCAAUGAAGAUUCUGAAUAGGCACAACGAGGUGUGGUACAUGGUUGAGGGAGAGCCUGUGUGCCCUACCUCCUCCUAAACAUCCUCCUCCAUUACUGCUGAGUCUGGCAUAACCACUUUGAGGAGGACCAAUGGGAGGUGCAUGGUAGACUGAGAACAUCUGAGAAAAUGUGGUUUGGGGGCAACAAAGAUAUUAACUAAGACAUGUGUCUCUGAUCUGGUGGCACUAUAAUCCACAAUCAAUAUGCCACAUACUAUAGAGUGUAUACAUAUGUCUUAGAAUUUGCUCAUUCUUAUUCAGGGUUCAGUUUGUUAGGAAGGUGCCUUGCCCACCACCCAGCCCCAUAAUUCGAACUCUGUACGUAUUGACAUGUUCUAACAAUGUGGGGUGAAUGUAGAUGUAGACAGGGAUACAUUUGUACUAAAGUCUGUUUAUGAAAAGUAACUUCCCUUUUGACAAACUACUACAUUCAAUGUUGAACAUGAUUUGGAUCUUUUGUCUGUGUUGAGUUUGUUCCCUUAAAUAUAUGCCAAACAAAUCCUCUCCAGCUCUUUGGUAAAACUUGAGUGGUGGUACAUACAGUAUAUAAUAUAAUGAACAUAAAAUCUUGGGUCAUUGUGUCAGAAACCAUAUUUGUUACAUAGACUGUCCAUGAGAGACUAUGAUGAACAUUACAAAUGACAUUUUUUCCCAGUCACUCCUUUCACAAAUACAGUGAAGUCAUAUUUGAAAGCCA